AUGGAAGUAGUCAGCUGCGAUGGAGAUCCACCAUCAUGUCUUCUGAAGGAACUGGUUGUCACCAUCGAAAGAGAGAAGGUAGAGGAAGAAGGGCGAGAGGAGGAAAGGGGGAAGAGGAAGAAGGGCGAGAGGAGGAAAGGGGGAAGAGGAAGAAGGGCGAGAGGAGGAAAGGGGGAAGAGGAAGAAGGGCGAGAGGAGGAAAGGGGGAAGAGGAAGAAGGGCGAGAGGAGGAAAGGGGGAAGAGGAAGAAGGGCGAGAGGAGGAAAGGGGGAAGAGGAAGAAGGGCGACAGGAGGAAAAAGGCGAGGAAGCGGAAGAGGAAAGGGCGAGGAGAAGGAGGAAAGGGGAAGAGGAAGAAGGGCGAGAGGAAGAAGGGGAAGAGGAAAGGGAAGAGGAAGAAGGGCGAGAGGAGGAAAGGGAAGGAGGAAAAGGGCGAGAGGAGGAAAGCGGGAAGAGGAAAAGGGCGAGAGGAGGAAAGAGGGAAGAGGAAAAAGGGCGAGAGGAGGAAAGAGGGAAGAGGAAGAAGGGCGAGAGGAGGAAAGGGGGAAGAGGAAAAAGGGCGACAGGAGGAAAGGGGGAAGAGGAAAAAGGGCGACAGGAGGAAAGGGGGAAGAGGAAGAAGGGCGACAGGAGGAAAGGGGGAAGAGGAAGAAGGGCGACAGGAGGAAAGGGGGAAGAGGAAGAAGGGCAAGAGAAGGCAGGGUGA